AUGGAAGACGUUGAUGACAUAGAUUCUUCUAACGCAACUGUUUUUAACGAUGUAGAUUCAAUUUCACAGACAGACAACGGUAAGAAAACCUUAUGUGAUGAAACAUUUACUGAUCAAAAAUCAUUAGACGGAAAUAUUACUGAAUAUAGCUGUGAGAUUUGUAAGAAAAUGUUCUCUUCAGAACACGAAUUAUUUAUGCACACACGCACACACAAGAGCGAAAAGACAAAUGAGUGUGAAAUAUGUCAGAAGUGUUUUGCCUCUAGAAAAAAAUUAACAUGGCACAAAAGACGACACAGUAGACAAAGAUUGUUUCCGUGUGAAAUAUGCGGGAAGUCUUUCUUCCAUAAUUCAGGACUUAUUAUCCACGUACGAAGUCACACUGGAGAGAAACCGUUCCAUUGCGAAACGUGUGGAAAAUCAUUCGCUUAUCUUUCUGUCUUAAAAACACAUACAAAAGUACACACGAGAAGAAUGCUGUUUCGGUGCGAAAUCUGUGGUGAUACUUUCGUUCAUAAACCGAAUCUUCUUCUCCAUAUGCGUAGCCACACUGGAGAGGAGACCUCCGGAAAUCAAACAGAUGGGGAACAAUUUGAUAUAAGUGGUGAUUUAGAAACAGAAGCUAAAGAAAAUCCGUUUCAUUGUGAAAUAUGUGGAAAAUCUUUCUGUUGGAAAUCAAGUCUUGUUAUCCAUAUACGGAGUCACACCGGAGAAAAACCUUUCCACUGUGAACUAUGUGGAAUUCCUUCCGUCUCUAGAAGUAAUUUAGCCAGACACAGAAGAAUACACACAGGAGAGAAACCGUUUCACUGUCAAGUAUGCGAGAAGUCUUUCUUCUCUAAAAACGAUUUAGUCAAACACAUAAGAGUCCAUACAGGAGAAAAACCUUCUCAUUGUGAGAUUUGUGGGAAAAGUUUUCUCGAUAACAGCAAUUUAAGAACUCAUAAAAGAACACACACUGGAGAAAAACGGUUUCACUGUGAUACUUGUGGUAAAUCUUUCACUCAAAAUGCUCAUCUUGUAUCUCACAAAAGAGUACAUACUGGAGAAAAACCAUUCCAUUGUGAGCUGUGUGGGAAAUCUUUCUCUCACAGUUCAGCUCUUAGUUUACAUAAAAAAAUACACACAAGAGACAAAACUGUUUUAUAG